AUGGCCUACAAUCCGCUUGGCGGCCCUCAGCGGGACGGCGCAUACUCUCCUGGUCAGCACCCUCAAUACGACUCAAGAUCCCCCUCGCCUGGCCGACCGUUGCAGCCAUAUGUGCAUCCGGACGAGGCCUUCUCGCGACAAAACUUACCUCUACAGAUGCCCGGUGCUUCGACCGAUCGUCUAGCCAUGCAGCCCACAUACUCGGUGGAGAACAUCCCUCAGUCUCACGGUCACAAUCAACAGUAUGAGCAGCAGAUAUCAAAUGGCCCAGGUGGGGACAUUGGCUAUGGGAGAAACGACUACAUUGUGUCGCCCGAAGAUCACCAUGACGCAUAUUACACACAGCCCUACGCGCCUCACCCUCAAGGCGACUACGCGCUUGACCCAUACCCGACGCCAGACCAGGGCUAUCGUACCGACCACGACAGGGUGCCUAUCCUACAAGCAGACAAUGCGUACGGACCCGAUCCCCAUGCGCAGGAGCCAGUAGACUAUGAUGGAUAUCAAGAUGCACCAGGCCCCACUCCGUCGCCUCAGCCCAUUCGGAGGUGGAAAACGGUCAAAGAAGUUCAGUUGUUCAAUGGCAACUUGGUACUCGAUUGUCCUGUUCCUCCCAAGCUCCUGGCCAAUGUACCUCACGCUAAACCGCCGGAGAGAGACGAGUUUACGCAUAUGAGAUACUCGGCCGCGACCUGCGAUCCAUCCGAGUUCUUUGGUGAGAGAUUUACUCUCAGACAGCGCCUGUUCGCAAAGCCGAGAGAGACCGAGUUGUUCAUCGUGGUUACUAUGUACAAUGAAGACGAGUUCCUGUUCGCGCGGACAAUGAUCGGUGUCUUCAAGAACAUUGAAUAUAUGUGCAAUCGCAAUACCAGCAAGACCUGGGGCAAGGAGGCUUGGAAGAAAAUCGUCGUAUGCAUCGUCAGCGACGGACGUGCCAAAAUCAAUCCGAGAACAAGAGCAGUCCUGGCUGGUUUGGGCGUCUAUCAAGAUGGCAUCGCCAAGCAGCAAGUCAAUGGUAAGGAUGUCACGGCCCAUAUCUACGAGUACACCACUCAAGUCGGCUUGGAACUCAAGGGCACACAAGUGUCUUUGAAGCCACGAUCAGCAACGCCAGUGCAACUGCUGUUCUGUCUGAAGGAGAAGAACCAGAAGAAAAUCAACUCCCAUCGGUGGUUCUUCCAGGCCUUCGGCCGGGUUCUCGAUCCCAACAUUUGUGUGCUGAUUGAUGCUGGAACUAAGCCGGGUAAGGACUCGAUCUAUCAACUGUGGAAAGCCUUCGACCUUGAACCUAUGUGUGGAGGUGCUUGUGGUGAGAUCAAGGUCAUGUUAGACAAGGGCAAGAAGCUCUACAACCCUUUGGUCGCCACGCAAAACUUCGAGUACAAGAUGUCGAAUAUCUUGGACAAGCCUUUGGAAUCCGCGUUCGGUUUCAUCUCCGUGCUUCCUGGCGCCUUUUCAGCAUACCGGUACGUGGCUCUGCAGAACGACAAGAAUGGCGACGGUCCACUCGAGAAGUACUUCAAGGGCGAAACCAUGCAUGCCGACGCCGGAGUGUUUACCGCCAAUAUGUAUUUGGCGGAGGAUCGGAUUCUCUGCUUCGAACUUGUCAGUAAACGCAACUGCCAAUGGAUCCUCCAGUACGUCAAAUCGGCAACGGGCGAGACAGAUGUCCCUGACGGGAUUGCGGAGUUCAUUCUGCAGCGACGACGUUGGCUCAAUGGCUCCUUUUUCGCUGCAGUAUACGCUGUGGCGCAUGUCUAUCAGAUCAGGCGCAGCAAUCAUAGUGCCAUCCGCAAGCUCAUGUUCCUGGUCGAAUUUACCUACCAGACCAUCAACAUGCUCUUCGCCUGGUUCGCCAUUGGCAACUUCUUCCUGGUUUUCAAGCUUCUGACAGGCUCCCUUGGAACAUCUUCUACCUUAGGAUCGGCCGGAACCGCUCUGGGCGUCGUCUUCGAAUUUGUCUACCUUGGCACGUUGUUGUAUUGCUUCAUCCUAUCAAUGGGUAACCGGCCUCAAGGCUCAAAGAAGUCAUACCUAGCGAUGGUCAUCUUCUGGUCGAUCCUGAUGGUUUGGUUGACGUUCGCGUCAAUCUAUUUGACGGUCAAGUCCAUCCAGACAGAGAUUGCGCAGAAAGACUUCAGCUUCUCGACAAUCUUCAACAACAGUACCUUUUUCGGCCUGAUUGUCUCCCUCGCCAGUACAUAUGUCCUCUGGUUUGUUGCAAGCUUUUUGUUCUUCGACCCUUGGCACAUGUUCACCUGUUUCCUCCAAUACAUCAUUCUCACCCCAACGUACAUCAAUGUUCUCAACAUCUACGCCUUUUGUAACACGCAUGACAUCACGUGGGGUACAAAAGGAGACGACAAGGCAGAGAAGCUGCCCAGCGCAAAUGUCAAGCCGAAUGGACAAGUCGAUGUUAUGAUUCCCCAAGAUGACGGCGAUCUGAAUGCUCAGUAUGAUUCUGAAUUGAAGUUAUUCGCAACCAAGGCCGAAAAGGAGGUCAAGAAGCAGACUCCUGCGGACAAGCAGGAGGACUACUACAAGUCUUUCCGGAGUAAUGUCGUGACGGCCUGGAUGGUUACCAACUUUAUUUUGGUGGCGGCAGUUCUGAAUAUUUCGGGCUUUCAACGCAUCAAUACCGACGUGACCGAACAACAGAACUCUACCAUUUACCUGGCCGUCAUCUUGUGGUCAGUGGCAGGCUUGUCCCUGUUCAGAUUUGUCGGGGCAUGUUGGUUUUUGAUUGUGCGAUUGUUCCGCGGUGUAUGA